CCUGCAUACUUUCAACAUGUCGGCGGCCAAGGUGCUGUGACUGAUGUGGAUGGCAACAUAGUAACCACGGUAACCUAAAAGAGUAGAUGAAAUCAAAACACAACAAGCGUUUUGGAUGAAGAGGAUAACAUUGAGACAUGGCAGUCUACUUUGAUCACCGUUUGGAGACGGACCAAGCCGGCAUCAGUACAGAUCUAAAAUGGUUCAGUGGGACUCCGCUGUUAGCGGUUACAUCCUACAGUGAUGACAAUGGAGGAGCUGUCACAUUUUACACUGAGGAGGGAGAAAAGUUGCCCAAUACACAUCUCCAAAAGAACUGCCACGUGACAUCAGUGUCUUGGCAUCCAAACAAGAAGAUAGUGGCAGUGGGAUGGGAGACGGGAGAACUCCUCAUCUGGAAUGAACAGGAGCGUAGUCUCCAUGAAGGCGUUCAGAUGCAUAAAUCACCCAUCAGUGUCAUGCAUUGGAGCUCUAAUGGUACCAGGAUUGCAUCAGGAGAUAAGUCUGGAGUCCUUAUUGUAUGGAAAGUGGAUACAAAAGGCCGCCUGAAUCCCAACCCUCUCUGCCAGCAUCACAUCCAGGAGCCACUCACACACAUCAUAGCUAGACCAGCUCCACCCCCAGAUCCAGCAUCGGACAUUGCCAGUUUGGCCCGAGCAGCUGUCAGUGGGGACGAGAGUGCCUUGGACAUGUUUAACUGGAAACGAGGGAAGAGUAAUUCAAAGACAACAGCAAGCUUUGGCCCAUCUGAAUCACUGUCCUUCUUUGUUGGUGGAGCCAGUGGUGGAGUUUACUAUGUGAAUGAGAAUGGACAAUGCAUACAGUGUUUCACGGUUGACUCGUCAGUAAGGAAAAUGCUGUAUUACGAUGACAAGAACAUCCUCAUCACAAUCACAGACAACAUGAUGCUUACACAACAUGCUGUCCUUCUUGAGGGAGACACCAAAGAAAUGAUCAAGGUAAAGCUGAGUGGGAGGAAUGAGGAACCGAUCAUCAUCUGGGCAGGGAAAGGCUUGUUGGCUACGGCAACUGGAGAAGUGGCCAUUAGAAUGUGGGAUCUGGAGCAGGAUGACAACUAUGUGUUGAGUCUGGACGGUCACAGCAGCUACGACAGCAAUGAAUCCAUCAUGUGUGUAGCAUACUGUGCUGAGAAAGGCAUGUUGGCUGGAGGCACUAAUAUGGGGAAUGUGGCGUUGUGGAAAUUUCAUCCGACCAACAACCGUAAGGUGGAGGGAGAGGACAAGUGGAAGCUGCAGGCACCGGCAACAGUGGAGGGGCCAGUCAGACAGAUACAGUGGGGCAGCAACAAGACACUGAUGGCCAUCAACACUAUCGCCAACGUGUUUGUCCUCAGUGAGCAGGUGAUGAGCUCCAGCUACCAGGACCAGACAGCUGUGGUUCAGUACGGACCCAGCUCACUGUCCAUCGAGGUGUUCGCUACUGGGAACCACCAUGACCUCAAGACCGACAUCCAGGUCAAGGGGGUCUGUACAACUAAGGAUGUCCUUGCUGUAUGGAAUGGAAAACGGGUCAUCAUCUAUGAAUAUUCAGCUGACAAACUAGUCCUAAAGGCUGCAGGUUCGUUCACCACAGAGGCACAGAAUGUCUGCCUAUAUGAACAAAAUGUGUAUACAAUUGAAGGAAACAAAGUGCAAGUCAGAACAUUCCAGGGAACAAUCAAACAGCACAUGACAUUUUCUGAAGUGGAGGGCAACCCCUGCUGCAUCAAUGUCUGUGGCAACUUCCUGGUUGUAGCCACAGAACAUGGAACACUCCGAGUCUAUGACCUCUCUCGCAGGGAAGCGAAAGCCCACAGUAAUCCAAAGAACAUAGCUGAUUCUGUCCAUGACUUCGGCACCAUUCUCUCAGCCCGGUGCAACUGUUCCGGCAACAGAGUGAGUGUGAUGGUGAAGCUGCAGAAUAACACCUUUGACAGCAAGUUGUACAUCUGGGAUGUAGAGACAGACAGUGUGCAGUACUUCAACUUCCAGACAGGACGUGGGGAGCAGGAUGACUACCCCCCUCCUGACGGUGCAGAGGAGGAGAAUGAAUCCGAUACCAAUGAUGCAGAAAGGGGUAAGAACCAGGCCAUGAAGGACAUCGCUGGGCUUACGCACUCGACAUCUCACUACUGGGAUCCCCAUGAGCCCAAGCUGCUGGUGUGUGAGGCCAUGGCGGUCGAGCAGGAGAAGAGCAGGGAGAUCAAGAGGAAGCCAUCUCUCUCUAAAGCUGUUGAAGAUGGCCCGGUGGAACUCAUGGUGGUGUCUCUCUUCUGCACACCAGAGAAUGGUGUCCUCAUUCAAGACAGCUUCAGUCUCCCCCCACAAGUCACUGCUCUCAUGGGGGUGGAAGUUCCAUAUCACUAUUUCAUCAAGAGGCCGGAGAACACAUCGUCCGAGCUUGCCAGUCAGCAGGAAGGUCAUGUGAUCAACCCAGAGACUGGGACUGCCAUCUACCCCAAACUGGUGUUCAGGAAAGUUCUGCGUGAUUUUGUGGGGCUGGAGAACAGUGACAAAGGCACGAGAGACGCCAUGAUGAAUUUCAGCUACUAUCUUACAAUAGGCAACAUGGAUGAGGCAUUUAAAGCCAUCAAGCUUAUCAGGAGUGAGUCAGUGUGGGAGAACAUGGCCAAGAUGUGUGUGAAGAGUCGACGGCUGGAUGUGGCGUACGUGUGUCUGGGUAACAUGGGCCAUGCACGUGGAGCCAAGGCACUGCGGGAAGCACAUAGAGAAGCUGAACUAGAUGCCAGGGUGGCCACAUUAGCCAUACAACUAGGAUUGUUUGAAGAUGCAGAGAGGUUACUGAAGAACUGUAAGCGUUACGAUCUGCUGAAUGAGUUCUACCAGAGUGGUGGGCAGUGGGGAAAGGCCCUGGAGACGGCCGAGAUGUAUGACAGAAUCCACCUCAGGACCACAUACUACAACUAUGCUCGGCAUCUGGAGGAGAAUGGAAACACAUCAGCAGCCAUUCCAAACUUUGAGAAGUCCGAGACACACAGGUUUGAGGUACCGAGGAUGCUGUAUGAAGACCCUGAAACCCUGGAACAGUACAUCCAGAGGAGCAAAGACAAGUCCCUGCGUAAAUGGUGGGCCCAGUUUAUGGAGAGCAAUGCAGAAAUGGAUGUGGCAUUACAGUUCUACGAGGAGGCCCAGGACUUCUUCUCCCUUGUCCGAGUCUACUGCUUCUGCGGACAGAUUGACAAGGCAGCAGAGGUGUGUAACGAGACCGGAGACAAGGCAGCCUGCUACUAUCUGGCUCGUCAGUAUGAAAACCAGGACCAGAUCAAAGAGGCCAUCCACUUCUUUACCAGGUCACAGGCCUUUGGUAGUGCUAUCCGCUUGUGUAAGGAGCAUGGUCAGGAGGAGCAACUGCUGAACCUGGCCCUGCUGGGUCGACCGGAGGACAUGAUGGAGGCCGCUCGCUACUACGAACAACACCCACGCUACAAUGACAAGGCUGUCAUGCUGUAUCACAAGGCUGGCAACUUUUCUAAGGCUCUGGAUCUUGCCUUCAAGACGAAGCAGUUUGGGGCUUUACAGUUGAUAUCCGGUGAUCUUGAUGAGAGAGCUGACCCUGAGCUGCUUCAGCAGUGUGCGGACUUCUUCCUGGAGAACGGGCAGUAUGAUAAGGCUGUGGACCUUUUGGCUAUAGGGAAGAAGUACAUCGAUGCUCUGAAGAUCUGUAUGGAGCGACAUGUGGAGAUUACCGAGGAUCUGGCAGAUAAACUGACACCAGAGAAAAUCGAGGGUGAGAACGACACGAUGGACCGACUGAAGAUCCUAGAAGGUAUUGCUGACGUGUGCAUGCACCAGGGACAGUACCACAUAGCCACCAAGAAGUUCACCCAGGCUGGCAACAAGAUGAAGGCUAUGAAAGCACUGUUGAAGUCCGGUGACACUGAGAAGAUUGUGUUCUUUGCUGGUGUGUCCCGUCAGCGGGAAAUCUAUGUGAUGGCAGCUAACUAUCUUCAGUCUCUUGACUGGAGGAAGGAUCCCGAGAUCAUGAAGAGUAUCAUAGGAUUUUACACGAAGGGCCGGGCACUCCACCUGUUGGCAGGAUUCUACGAUGCAUGUGCUCAGGUGGAGAUUGAUGAGUAUCAGAACUACGACAAGGCUCUGGGGGCUCUAGGGGAGGCCUACAAGUGCAUGAGUAAAGCCAAGGUGGAGGAUGAGACUUUGCAGGAGGAGAAAAUGGCUCACCUCAAACACAAGAUCACACUUAUCAAGAAGUUUGUGCAAGCUCGGAGGGUGUACGAGGAGAACUCUGAAGAAGCCAUGAAACAGUGCCAGGUGUUGCUGGAAGAGACGGAUCUCGACAGUGGGGUCCGUGUUGGGGAUGUCCUCGGCUUCAUGAUUGAACACUAUGCCCGGAGAGAGAGAUGGAAGGCGGCAUACUCAAGUCUUGAAGAAUUGCGAAGUAGAUUAAAGGGAGGUAACCCCGCAUACUAUGUUAACACAAGAACAAUAGAGGCAAUUCAUCGAGCACUCGAUGUUCCACUGUCACGGACCAUUAAUCCUGACAAGAUGAAUGGCUUCCGUAGCCCAGAAGAUGAGGAGGGAGACUUCAUUGAGGAAGAUGUUGCUGAUGACUCGUACAGCCACAACGUAUGAUAGUGUGAUGACUGACCCAGGUUAGAGUGGGGACACUGUACAUAUGUACAUGGAGGGUAACAGUCUGGUAUAUCAUAUAUGGGGACAUCUGUAAGGAACUGAUGUUUCGCCUAACCCUGUGCAAGUCUUUUGUUUGUUUGGAGCAAAUCGUACCUGUUAACUGUGACCACAAGAGUGAUAUAUAUUAUUUUUCCAUUUCCAACAUAUCACCUCGGGCAUGACUAACACACUUCUAAUCAAGGAGCUGUCCAGUGAUCUGUUAAUGGGUUGUAUCCUGUGAAACAGUUUUUGUUAUGUUUCUAAAUCAAACGUAAUUCAUAAUGUGACUUUUACAAAUUCCAUGUAAACCCAUGAUCACAUGGCAAUACAAAUGACUAACAUGCAUACCAGUUAAUUUACAUGAUAGGUGUCACAUUGACCAGAGAGGUUGUGAAAAACUAACAAAUGUCUGUAUGUAGACAUCUGCUUUGUUAUAUAUUUAAGGUCGGUAGAAUUCCAGGAUUUGAAAGCCAGAUCGUCCUUUUGUGUAACUAGUCCCUUGGUCUGUACCCCAGAUAAAAUAUCCAAUAUUAAUUGUUAUCCCUUUAGGUAGCCAUGAAAACUUAUGUCAGAUAUGCAAGAUCAGUUGAUUUUUUAAAACCAGAACAUAUAUGACAGAUGCCUGCAUAUGGUAAAUAUUGAUAGUUUGUUUAGUAGACAUUCAUGGAUCAGAGGACCAAUUUUACUGUUAUGGAUAAAUAUUGAUGAAGAUCUUGAUUGUAGAUGUUGGUAAUUAAAUGUUUCAGUGCUUAUGUUAACUUGACUGUGAUACUUAGUGAAGUUUAUAUCAUAAUACAAUCUGAUGGCAUGAUUAGUUAUGAAUACCAUAGCAUAUAUGAGUCUCGUUGAUUUCAUGGUGAAAUACACAUGAACAGCUGAUUAUGUGAUAAAGAUCACUGCUUAGUGAGAUGGCGGCACAAAUAUCAAUGUAGUAGUGGAUUGUGCUGUAGUUUUUGUUGAUGGUAUGAAAUAUUCCAAUAUGAAACUUUGUCUUAGUAUCAAGUAAUGAUCACUUGUGAUACAUGGGUUACUUUUCAGUCAUUGUUACUUUUUCAUUAAAAGUAUAACAUUUCAAAUCUGUUGUGUCCAAAAUUAUCAAGAAUUGAGAGACAGCCUUACUUUUUUUGGUCUUCUUGAAUACUGACAAUGAAUGUUUUAUGAUUUUGUGUUGUGGAAUGAUUAUCUACUUUUUUCAGGAUAUUUUAAUACACAUGUGAUAGCAAAACUUUAUUGGUGCCUUUUUCAGUCACGCGAACAUAAUCUUAUGUGUCGUGAUGGGAUGAAUCUCAUGCACACUAAUUUUUAUAUUAAUUUACUUACAAGCCGUCCAAUAUCAAUGUACUUACAGUAAAUAUUGCAGUGUCAGCACAAUGUGACCCUACAACAACAGUUUUAUUGUUCCAUCCUAGUGGCAGGGGAAAUCACUCUUCUAUUUAUCCUCUACUGGGCUUCUAGCUAUAUUUUUUCAGUUUAAUAUUUUCAUUUGUAGAAUGUACAAAAUACCAAUUGGAUGGAUAUAUAUGGGGAGAAUAAGUUAUUGAGUAUUUCCUAAUAUUUUCAAUUCAAGGAAAUAGCAUUAUGUGGAAGUAUUUAGGUUAAUAUUAAAAGCUGUUGAUGUUUUCAAGUGGAUCAUUCAUGGUUCAUUUUGAGAAAAAGCAAUAAUCGAAGUGGUGUAUAAAUUGUUUCUUGUAUAUAAUUCAUCAAGUUAAGUUAUGCACUAAUUCAUGGUCACACAUUUACCGUUUUCUAAAUUUUUUAACACUGCUAUGGUCACAUUUAAACAUGGAAAUGUCCGUCCUAAAUAUCCUCACAUUAUCAAAACAUCCAGAUUAAUUAUGAAAUGUUAUGGGAAGUUGUGUACAAAAUGUCACUGAUGCUUCUAUUUUUUAGACAUUGUUGUUCACAUCGUACAUUCCAUGAUGUAUGUAAUCAAUAUUUUGUUUCAUAUAUGCAAUGCCUUCAUCGUAUAUAAGGAUGUGAUAUAGUUAUUUAUCAUUCGUGAAUAUAUUAUGACAUCAUAAUCAUUGUUUACUUAUUGCUGUUAGAUUCACUAACUAGUUCUUUUGUUGGAGUGAUUUCAUGAUACCUGAGUUUGAAGACAUUUGGAGUCAGGUUGUACAUAAGUGUUAGGUGUAAAAUAAUUCACUAUAUAAACCGAGGCCAUAUUUCCUAUACACACAUACCUACAGUUGCUGUGCUGUAGCACAUAUAGGUUAGUAGGUUAGUAACAUAAGUGCACAUCAACAGCUUGUUUUGAACUAAGUAUCGUAUGUACUUGUUUUUAAGAUCAGAAGUUGGGACUGGUUUGAACUGUUUGUUGAAAUGGUUCGCAGCCACUUAGUUUAUACUUUUUCUAUCUUUGAAGUGUAAAAAUGAGUAUGUUUGUGCUUAUCACACUAAUUUAUUAAAAUCAUAAUAGAUUAAUAAAUUGUAAUUUGUCAUAGAUAAGUUGAGGCAUUGUUUAACCGUGUGCCCUUCAUUUGAACUUGAAUCUCAGCAUGAUUUUCUUUGAAAGAUUGAUUUUGUUUUUAGUACUAAAAAUAUAUGAUUUUGUUAACUAUAGAUAAAUGUUGUCAAUGAUAUUAUAUGUAACAAUCCUCGCCUUCAAAGGUGUUGCUGCCGUGAAUGGAAUCAUGCCGUCCCUCUGUGUGCUUUGUAUAUCAUGUAUUUUGUAUAUGAGUUGUUGAUAUUUGUUGACUGACAUACAUUUACUAUGACAAUAAAUCAACCUGAGUGAUA